GAUAUCUCUAUCUAAAAGAGCCCAUUGCCAGGAACAGCCAUAAAAUGAUAAUGGAGUACAUGUUUAAUGAAGAGAUGAACUUGGAAUAUAUCAUAUCAUAUCAGCAAAUUAGCAAUGACAAUGCCUGCCGCUGGAUUCGUAUUAACUCUUACUUUUUCUCUUUUCUCUUUUUUAAAAAUUUUAUUCUAAAUUUUUUUUUAUUCGUAUUAUUUUAAAGGAAUUUAUCUUUUCCUUAUAACCGCACUUCGUUAGUCGAUGCCAGUUAUAAUUGUUAUUGCAAAGAAAAAGCUAAAAUUAUUUACAAUCGAACAUAAAUGUUUAAUUCAAAGGAAUAUAAUGUGAUUCCGGGAAAUGUUUCAUUAACAAACCAAAUGGCUUGCAAUUAUCGAAGCCGAAAUUUCAUUGUCGUUCACAGUAUUGUGUGGCAUAUUCAUGAGAAAUUGUACACAUUCGCUUCUUCUGUAUUCUUCUAUAUUCUCCUUGUAAAUCUUCGUUGUUUUUAAGUCUCUCUCCUGCCCGCUAAUAAAUAAAUUGUGCUUUAUUAUUAGUGUCAUUAUUUCAUUUCAUUUUAUUUAUUUAUUUACGAAGCCAUCCCUG